AUUAUUUUGUCCGGCAAGACUGCUAUGGUAUUUCAGCUGAGAGGAGUUUGACAAGGAAGGCUAAAGAGCGAUUCCAAAGUGCCAUCAGAAGUUCCGAAGUAGAUCGUAUUCAAUUGAAAAUGGCCGCUGGUGAAGAGAAGGUGACGUUAACCGCCCCAGAAAUGGACGCCAUCUACGAGACUAUUUCAGAUCUCGUGCAACAAGCCGGGCAAAAGAUCCGGCAAUUCAUUCGGGAAUCCAAAGCGGUCGAAGAGAAGCUCUCUCGAACGGAUCUGGUCACACAAACGGACAAAGAUGUGGAAGAGCUUUUGAUUCGAGGCAUUCUAGCCAAAUAUCCGGAUCAUGAAUUUAUUGGAGAGGAAGGUACCGCUGCUCGAGACGGGAAUAUUCCCAAAUUUAGCAACAAACCAACCUGGAUCAUCGAUCCGAUUGAUGGAACCAUGAAUUUUGUUCAUAGCAAUCCGAACGUGUCUGUAUCGGUGGCCUUAGCCGUUAAUCGUCACGUUGAGAUUGGUAUUAUUUACCUCCCGGCUACCAACCAAUUGUACACGGCACGGAAGGGUCAAGGCGCUCGGUUCAAUGAUUCGCCCGUGAGGGUCUCAAAAUGCAACAAGUUAGCGAACUCUAUGGUAAUCUACGAACUCUGGGCUAGCAGUGGUUCGGAGAUCGAACGCGACCAGUUGAACGUACUCGCAGAACUAAUGCCUCAAGUUCAUGCCAUUCGAUCGAUUGGUGAGUACAUCCACAUUGUUAAAGACAUUCUUUCAAACGUCGUAGAAUUCCUAGCUUCUUGUGUCCUGAGGUCGCACCCAACAUGCACGAGCACAACAUGGGAAUUGCUCCUUUUCCAUAAGAAAGUGCCAUUAAAAUUUAAUUCUAAUUUGAUAAUUGUCCGUAUUGUGAAAGAAGCGGGUGGAAUCGUCCUGGAUCCGAGUGGGGGCGAGUUUGAUUUCAUGUCUCGGCGCAUUUUGGCCGCUGCUACUCCUGAAUUAGCUCAGCAGGUUGUGGAUAUGAAGUUGAGCCAACAGGAACACCCAAGGGAGUUUGACGAUGUGUGUCUCAUGUGAAGUGCAUCUUGCGUUCGUGGGUUUUUGGAAAAUUAUGUUGAUUUGCGAUCAUAUUUUCGUGGAAUUUCGUUUUCAAAUGCAGCAAACUGAAAAAUGAGAAUGUUCAAGAGAGAAGUACAGUACAAGAGUUCAGUGUAAUUGGUUGCCUAUCACAGUAAAUUUGAUUCUGUUGUACAUCCAAACUCAUAUUCUGGUUUCUGCUGAUAAGUUGAGUUUUUCAUUGAUUAUUUUUCCUAUUGAAAAUGAAAAGUGCAACUUUCACAAGAGUGAGUGGUUGAGAAAUAUUGUAAGAAAUACAAAACCAAAAACCUCA